UAUUACGUUAGUACGUUUGCGACCGUGCAGAUCUGUGUGAUAUGCCAGCGCGCCAAAAGUGUCCAAACAAAAGCAAGAGGUAAAAGAAGGUCGUGCGUAAAUGUAAAGAAGGAAAGGUUUAGAAUAACAAAUAUUAGACAUCGUAGGGUAAUUUCUGAGAGGGGGGCUACACGAAUCGUCGGCAGGAUGGGUUUGCUCGACCGGUGUCAGCAGCUGUUCAAGGCGGCGAGCCUGUACGAGGUGCUUGGCAUCAAUAAAGAGGCGACCGAGGCAGAGAUACGGAGAAGCUACUACAAAGUGUCGCUAAAAGUCCAUCCAGACCGGGCCCCAGAAGACCCGCUGGCUACUGAGAAAUUCCAGGUCUUAGGAAAGUUGUACGCGGUGCUGAGUGACAAGGAGCAGAGGGCUGUUUAUGACGAGCAGGGGGUGGUGGACGAAGAGUCGGAUGCCCUUAGUCAGGACCGCUGCUGGGAAGACUACUGGAGGCUACUAUUCCCGAAGAUCACCCUGCAGGACAUCCUUGAUUUUGAGAAGCAAUACAAGGGCUCUGACGAGGAGAGGCAGGACUUACUCCAGCUGUACAUGCAGCACGAGGGUGACAUGGACGCUAUCAUGACCUCAGCUCUCUGCAGCUCCCAGGAAGACGAACCCAGGCUGGGCGACAUCAUCCGGACCGCCAUCCAGAGCGGGGAGGUCUCAGAGUUCCCUGCCUUCGCUAAGGAGAGCGAUAAGAAGAAGAGAGCUCGGAGAAAGAGGGCUGACAGAGAGCGACAAGAAGCAGAGGAGAUGCAGAAAGAGAUGGGGCUCGGUCAGGAGGACGACAGUCUGGCGAUGAUGAUCAAGCAAAGACACAAGUCCAGGGAGCAGAACUUUAAUAGUUUCCUGUCCGAUCUGGAGGCAAAGUACUCCAAAAAAAGUGGAAAAUCCCAAAAAGCACAAAGAGGAAAGAAGUGAGGUGUGGACCGAAAAAAAAAAAAAGUUAAGCCCCUUUAUUUUCAUUGUUUUAUCGUUAUAAUGUUCUUGUAAUAAAAUGUAAUUGCACUUUUUUGUUAGUGCCAUCAUAGAACAAUAAAGUUAAAUAUUCUUG